GACUGAGUGAGGGGUGGAAAAAAUGCUGUUGUUGAGGAGAGGCCUGGGAGCUUGCUGCCUGAAUCUCCAGAGCCUGUGCAGUGGGUCCUGCAAACGUUCACUGUUCACCGCCCAGAGCAUGCGUUCCCUACACCCUCCCACCAGAUCCUGACGGCUGUCAUGGCGUGCCCCCUGGAGAAGGCCCUGGAUGUGAUGGUGUCCACCUUCCACAAGUACUCGGGCAAAGAGGGUGACAAGUUCAAGCUCAACAAGUCAGAGCUAAAGGAGCUGCUGACCCGGGAGCUGCCCAGCUUCUUGGGGAAAAGGACAGAUGAAGCUGCGUUCCAGAAGCUGAUGAGCAACCUGGACAGCAACAGGGACAACGAGGUGGACUUCCAGGAGUACUGUGUCUUCCUGUCCUGCAUCGCCAUGAUGUGUAACGAAUUCUUUGAAGGCUUCCCAGAUAAGCAGCCCAGGAAGAAAUGAAAGCUCCUCCCAUGGGGUUGGGGGGUCUGCCAGCUGGGGCCUUCCCUGUCGGCAGUGGGUACAGGGCCCCUCCCUGGCUUCUUCAGACCCGUGCUUGAUGCUGAGCAAAUUCAAUAAAGAUUCUUGGAAGUUUUGAG